AUGGCAGGUGAACAUGUCACCGCCGAAGCCCAGGGCGGCUCGACCGACGUUGUGACUCCUGAAAAGUCUGUUUGGCGGGUGCUCCGCGAGAACCCUUACAUCUUUGGACUUUCAGCGUUUGCCUCACUUGGCGGCUUCCUCUUUGGAUAUGACCAAGGUGUGGUCUCUGGCGUGAUGACCAUGGAGUCAUUCACGGCCACAUUCCCUCGCAUUGGCCUCGACAGCACUUUCAAGGGCUGGUUUGUGUCGACCCUGCUGCUUUUCGCCUGGUUCGGCUCCCUCGUCAACGGUCCCUUGGCCGACUGGCUUGGAAGGAAAGGCUCAAUGCUGCUUGCCGUGGUCAUCUUCAUCCUUGGCGCCGCCUUCCAGACGGCUGCGAGCGAGGUUCCGCUACUAUUUGCCGGUCGCGCCAUUGCGGGCUUUGCUGUUGGCAUGCUGACGAUGAUUGUCCCCAUGUACAUAUCCGAGCUAUCUAUGCCUCGCAUUCGUGGCACGCUCGUCGUCUUGCAGCAGCUCAGCAUCACCCUGGGUAUUCUUUUCAGCUACUGGCUCGAGUACGGUACCCAGUAUAUCGGUGGGACCCGGUGUGCUCCCGACAUUCCCUACACCGGCGGCACCCCCGAGCUCCCUACGUUCGACCCCCGCUACGAUGUCGGGCCUGACGGAUGCACUGGUCAGUCACACGCCUCGUGGAGAGUUCCCUUUGGACUCCAGAUCUUUCCCGCGCUGGUUCUGGGCAUCGGCAUGCUCUUCUUCCCAGAGUCCCCGCGGUUCUACCUCAUGCGUCACAAGGAGGAGAAGGCGCUUUCGGCGCUGGCCAAGGUCCGCGGCUUGCACCCCGAUACCGAGUCUCUUCGCAACGAGUACCUAGGAAUCAAAGCCGAGGUCCUCUUUGAUGAGGCGUUGAACCGUGAGCGGUUCCCCGGCAAGAAGGGCAUCUCGCUCUUCGCCGCACAGAAUGCCGCUCUUGUCUCAUCCUGGCCAGCCUUCAGGCGUUUGGCAAUCGGAUGUUUUAUCCUUUUUUCGCAACAAUUCAUGGGCUGCAAUGCUAUCAUUUAUUACGCCCCUACUAUGUUUGCUCAGCUUGGCCUCUCCGGCAAGACGUCCGGUCUGCUGGCAACGGGAGUGUACGGCAUCGUGAACACACUUUCAACCCUGCCCGCGCUCUUCCUUAUCGACAAGGUGGGUCGCCGCCCACUUCUCUUGUGUGGUGCCGCUGGUACCUUCAUUUCACUUGUCAUUGUGGGUGGCAUCAUUGGCGGGUUCGGCGAAUCCCUCCGCUCGAACAAGGCGGCAGGUUGGGCCGGUAUCGCAUUCAUCUACAUCUACGACAUCAACUUCUCUUACUCGUUCGCCCCCAUCGGCUGGGUCCUGCCUUCCGAGAUCUUCAACCUCGGCAACCGGUCGAGAGCGAUGUCCAUCACCACCAGCGCGACCUGGAUGUGCAACUUCAUCAUCGGACUCGUCACCCCGGACAUGCUCGAGACGAUCGGCUACGGGACAUACCUGUUCUUUGCCGCUUUCUGUCUUCUCGCCUUCGUGAUGACGUACUUCUUCGUCCCCGAGACGCGUGGAAAGAGCUUGGAGGAGAUGGACUUGGUGUUUGGCGACACGGCGGCGCACGAAGAGAAGACCCGUCUGCUUGAGAUCGCGGCUUCCAUGGGGCUGACGGACGUGUUGUCGGAUGAGAAGCUCGGGCAUGAUGCUACAGACGUCAAGCACGAAGGUUGA